ACUGAAGGUGAAACAGUUCGUAAGGAUGACAUGCUCGUAUGCCAAAAAAAUAUGAAUUACCAUCCUGGCCUCAAUGUGUAUUUUGAAGCUGAUCGAACUGAGAAAAUACUGAGAUCGGCAUGUGAUGGCAUUGUCCGAAUAACUGCGGAACGGAUUAAUCCAGAUUUGACAAAUCCCGAGAUGACUAUUUAUGAACAUAAGAAGGAUUUGGAAUUACGAAAGCUCACUUUCAAUGUGAUACCAUUCGAAAUGUCAAAGACGUUUAAGCUUCUGUUUUACUUUAUCUCUGCCUCUAUUUCAGAUGUCCAUCGUAUAUUGGAGUUGAUUGAGCAUGUCCAAGGAACAGGAGAAAUCAACACACCUGAGCUAGCUUCUCUCCAAAAAAUUCUCAAGUCAGACUUUUUCAAUGCUGUCCGGGAGGUCUACGAAACGGUCUACGAUACGGUGGACAUCGAUGGGCCGCCGGAGGUGCGGGCCUCCGCUACUGCGAAAGCAACCGUGGCCGCAUUUGCCGCCGCUGAAGGACAGGCUCACCCGCGUACUGUCGAACUGCCGAAAACCGAUCAAGGCUUGGGAUUCAAUGUUAUGGGUGGGAAGGAGCAAAACUCUCCCAUUUAUAUAUCGAGAAUCAUACCAGGUGGUGUCGCUGAUCGUCAUGGCGGUUUAAGACGUGGAGAUCAGCUGAUUGCUGUGAACGGAGUGAAUGUGGAAAGUGAAUGUCAUGAAAGGGCUGUUGACUUAUUGAAAUCCGCCCAAGGUACUGUGCGCCUUGUUGUUCGAUACACGCCACGUCUCCUGGAUGAAAUGGAGCGGCGCUUCGAGCGUCAACGACGACGCGCUAACCAACCUAGUCCCGGACCAUCACAACCAUCUUACGUGAAGGUCACAGACAAAGCUCAUCAGCGGCUAAAGGAAGUCCUUUCUCCCGGUGAGCGAUUGCGUAUUGAAGUGGACGGAGGAGGCUGCUCUGGAUUCGAAUACAAGAUUAAACUGGAUACAAAGCUCCAAAAUGACGACCGGCUCUGGAAAGGCGACAAUGUUGAAGUAGUAAUCGACGAGAUGUCGCUAGGAUAUAUGCGUGGAGCUACUAUUGACUACGUAGCAGACUUGAUGAAAGAAUCAUUUCGAGUCGUGAACAAUCCUAUCGCCGAGAAAGGUUGCUCAUGUGGGUCGAGCUUCGCUCUAAAAAUGGACUAG